UCUUCUGAACACUCCUCAAUACACCGGAGUCCACAGAAAUUGUCUUCCCAUACUGCAUAGAGAACAGAGUGUCGCAUACAGAGUGUCGCGGCCUCAAACAAUCCACCGCUGAUCGCUGGUGAUCAUCCGCCGUUAUUCCUUUUCCUCGUCUUCUCCAAAUCUUGUUCUCUCGACCUCACCUUCUCGACUGACGCCUUUUCUUGAACCGUUUCUUGCUCUUCAUUGUUUUAGACCUUCUAAAGGCGCCAUGGGUUGGCCGGUGUGCAAUUCGACGACAGAGGAACAAUCCAGUGCGCUGACAUCCCCCCCUGAUUUAUCUCCGAAUGCGAAACAGAUUGGCUGACUGGACUCAAAAUCAUAGUCGACGAGGUUGAAUUAUGGGAUGGCGGACUUACUUUUCAUCAGCUAGCUCUGAUAGCUGGGGGUGCUUUUGCUAUUUUUGCUGGCAUCAUGUCGUUAUACAUCAUUAUGGGCCAUGCGACACAUUACAGCAAACCUUUGGAACAGCGACACAUUAUUCGGAUAUUGUUGAUGAUCCCGAUCUAUUCCCUCGUUGCGUGGCUUAGUAUCUACUUCCAUAAACAAGCAGUCUAUUACGGUGUCAUGGGCGACUGCUACGAAGCAUUUACGAUUUCCGCAUUCUUCGCUCUUAUGUGCCAUUACCUCGCGCCGGACCUGCAUAGCCAAAAGAAUUACUUUCGUGGAAUCAAACCGAAACAAUGGGUCUGGCCAUUGAACUGGGCGCAGAAGUGCUGCGGAGGGGAAAAUGGAAUCUGGAGAGUUCCUCGGAGUGGCUUGACCUGGUUUAAUGUAAUCUGGGUUGGCGUCUUCCAAUACUGUGUUCUGCGGGUGCUUAUGACCAUCGUUGCGGUUGUGACGCAGCAUUUUGACUUGUACUGCGAAUCGUCUUUAAGUCCGGCAUUCUCACAUAUUUGGGUUCUGGUCGUUGAAUCCGCUGCGGUCACCAUCGCCAUGUACUGUCUUAUUCAAUUCUAUAUCCAGAUCAAGGAUGAUAUCAAGCAACAUCGGCCAUUUCUCAAGAUUCUCUCCAUCAAGCUGGUUAUUUUCCUUUGCUUCUGGCAAUCGACUGUGAUUUCUUUCCUCUAUUCUUCUGGACUCAUCAAGGAUUCCGAGAAAAUUCAAGCGCCUGAUUGGAAAGUCGGUCUUUCCAAUCUUCUAAUUACCAUCGAAAUGGCUAUAUUCUCCGUCUUGCACCUGUGGGCCUUCGCAUGGAAGGAGUACUCUAUUGACCACGUUCACGACGACGAAGUGACCGACUUCUACGGAAAUGGAAAGAUCACCUACCAAGGCGGACCCUGGGGCAUGAAGGCGCUUCUCGACGCCCUGAACCCGCUUGACCUGCUGAAGGCCAUUGGCCGCAGCUUCCGCUGGCUGUUUGUGGGUCGCAAGAAGCGAACUCUGGACCCCAGUUACCAAGUUCCAUCCGAGCAGAUCGGCCUCAGCCAAGCAGGCAAUGUCCCUACCACCGUCGUAACUGCCUACGAAGGCGCUGGUCCAUUCAUGGCCGGCGGAAAAGGAAACUCCCCCCCGGGCGAAGAAGGAGAAGACCUGCUAUCUCACGCGCAGCCCAACCCGACUCUUAACCGACUUUCGUCCGGAUUAUCACCCUCGCCCUACGAAGACCCACGCAACAGUCGAUUCUACUCUACUAGUCAAGACAGACUUAGCGAUUCAUCCAUGCUGGAUCCCAUGGCACCCACCCACCAACCCUUCUCACCCUACGAGCACGACUCGUUCAACAACCCCUACAUGAUACCCUCUGACAGCGAACUCGACACACACCGUCACUAUCGCCAACCUUCUUCGAACAGCAGCGGACAGGAAUCGGGUGUCACGACCCGUCUCUAUCAUCCAAACGACACCCAGCAUGACCCCAUCCGCAUGCCUGACCCUUACCAGCCGCUACCUCAUGACGACUACGAACGUGGGCGUAGCAGGUAUUAAAACUGCGCUGUUCUAUUGUCGGGUGGAAUGAGUUCCAAUUUACGGUGUCAAUGACUUUUUUUUUUUUUGUAUUUUUUUUUCUUCCCCUUUUGCAUUUGUCUGCUUAUUUCAUGACAAUACCCGCCGUUAUGGCACUCUUUCGCAUUCGUUUUUUGUAAUCUCAUGUAGACUAUUUCUUUUUAUUUACAUGUUUGCCUGUUGUUGGAGAUACCAGUUGACUGUCUUGUAUAAAUUUUCCUCUUUUGUUUGUUUUUAUACUUUAUUUGUCGAUAAAUGACUUGGGUCUUCUGCUAAUGCAAAUAUCCAUGGACAGGUCGAUGCCGGAUGCACUAAAAUAUAUACUUGCCUAUACUACUACUAUACAAUACUCAUUAACUACGAGUGGAAAA